AUGCAAUUGUACAAUGCUGAAAGAGCGUACCUCAAUUCCCUAGAGAAAGCAGAGAGUAGUGAUCCAGGGAAGGAUUUAUACUCGCUGGCCUUUUCAGAACUAGUUGUCUACAUCAAGGGUAGCAAGGUCACCAACACGGAAGCAGCACCGGUUGUAUUUCGGCUUGCUGACCUAGCCUCACUCUACAAGCUUCGCUUGGAACAACUUGAGGCUGAUUCCCCGAAUGUCCACUCUACCAGGUUGAAGGAACAGCUACUUGCUCGGAUUCCAGAACUUGAAACCCAUAAGAAGGGACGUGAUGUACUCCUUGCCUUCAAAGCGGACAUAGGACCAGUGCUCCAUGAAGCUAGCCAGUAUAGCAAUGCUCUCCAUCUAUCUAAGGCAGCAGAUAUCCUGAGAAAAGAAAUGCUCCAGUACAAGACAAAAUUCAGCAGCGAGCUCAAAGAUGGCUUUGGUGAGAAGGCUAUCCCACCUGCACUUUUUCAGUUCGUGUGCAGCAUUGAACAUGGUGUCGUUAUAAAAUCACAUCUGACGCACGGAAUAGCGAAGUCAGACUUAGCUAUUGCUCAUUUUUUACAGUUCAACUGCUACUCAAAACGUAGAGAAGGAUUGACAACCCAAAUACACUCUAAAGACCGUGAGACCCCUUUUGCUGUCUAUGUUGGGUUGAAGGUGUACGCCAAGACACGAGAAAGAGAGUUGAUUGACAAAUUUCAUGAGCAUGGACUAAGCAUAUCGUAUGACAGGCUAUUAGAGAUAUCCGGCAAGCUUGGUGAAACUGUGAUAAAACAGUAUGUCGAAGAAGAUGUUGCGUGCUCACCAGUGCUGCAAAAAGGGCUGUUCACUACGGCCGCUGUCGACAACACUGAUCACAAUCCCACGGCCACCACAGCUAGCACGUCAUUCCAUAGUACAAGUAUUUCCAUGUUCCAGCACCCAAGUAAGGAAAACAGAGAACAGCGGGUUUCACCGGAAAUAACAGACAGUAGAACAAGAAAGGUUCCUGAGCUUCCAGAGUAUUAUACAAACAUCGCGCUAGCCUACUUCAAGAAGAACCCAACCCCAGCCUCAGUAGAUGAAGUAUCACUGCCUGACCCCAGUCUCUUCCAAAGGAACAUAAGAGUCGAAUACGAAUGGUUGCAAAAAGUUCAAGGUACCACCGAUGUAGAUGAUGACUCCAAUAUAACAUGGUCAGCUCAUCAUGCGAGCCAGAAACGGACUAGCGAAUGUGAAACCAGCAUCACUUCCUUGCUACCUCUUCUCCGAGAUCAAGCUCACAGCGUUGCAACAAUAAAGCAUGCCAUGAAGAAAGUAAGGGAAGCUGUAGCAAACUCCCGUCCUGGCAGCUGGUCAACCACACUAUGCCAUGGCAAAAGAAAUACAGUGGUACUGGGCCAGAAAAAAUGUGGGGAAGACAAGUAUGUGAUCAUGUUUGGUUGGCUGCACAUUGAGAUGACAGCACUGAAGUCUAUUGGGUCGAUGCUAGCAGACAGUGGAUGGACAAGUGCGCUUGUUGAAGCUGAUGUAGUCUCUUCCGGAACUGCAGAUUCAUUCCUGUCGGCAACCAAUGUCACUAAAACACGCCAAGCACAUCAGGUCACAGCAUGCAGUUUGUUUCAGCUCCUGAAAAAAGUCUACAGUUCGUACCUUGCCGAACAUUCUGAUGGCGAUGAGGAGGCUUCCAGCUUUGUGGAAUGGUGUGAUAGUUCGCAUUUUGGUUCUCUAUCCUGA